AUGCUGCUAAAUUCCCACAUGGUCAACGCCAACGUGUCGAAGGCAAAUACUAACCCGGGCCGUUUUCUGCAAAUCGUUGGAGCGGUGCCCUUCAAUAACCCUGCAAAGAGCUUUGAAGAGAACAAGAAAUUGGACGGCUCGUCGGUGAUGUUCAGCCACGCGACCAACCCGGCCGGCAAUAUCGAGCCAACGGAUGGUGAGCCGUCAAGGCGAGAGGUCAAGGAAGAAGAGAGUGCCCACAACGAAAAUGUGGUACAUGAACACUCGGACAGCCACCGCGAAGGCAUCGCAAACAACACGUGGACGUUGACCGAUGGACUCGACUAUUUCGUGACCGCUGCGAAAAACGCAAAUGCCAUGUCGAACUCGGAGAAACUGAAGGAGGCCAUUCUAUGUGGACUGCAAUUGGCCGUCGACAUAUUCUGUUCCCGUCGGCUCGCCGCCGCUAUCCGGGGACCCAACGAGUAUUUGAACCUUUGGUUGGCUCAAGGCAACAAGAAAUUGGACGGCUCGUCGGUGAUGUUCAGCCACGCGACCAACCCGGCCGGCAAUGUCGAGCCAACGGAUGAACGCUAUGAGCUGUACGACUACGCCCCCACCAUCAAUUCGUUCACAUGUUUGAUGGGUUCUACGACAAAACUGGCGGAAAGCGAGCGGCUGUCGUUCGAUCUGGUAGCCCCUAUAAUUGUAGAAGCAUUGUGGAAAGGGACGCAUUGCAAAGCUCUUCGUUCUAUUCUAAAAAGUCUCAAUCGGACGCUAGAGUCGAUCGAUUUCAUCAUGAGUUGCGGGCAACAGAAUUUGGACGCUCUUUUGGAUGGAUGUAUUGACGUGUUUGAGCGGUUGAAGACGUUAAAGGUAGCCGAUUCGGAGAUUGUGAUCUACCUUCCCCAACUCCUCAUCGCAAUCCUCAACUACCCACUAGAAGAGAAACGUCAACGAGAAAUGUUGCCGGAACAAAUGGCGCUGUAUGCGCACCAGAUUCUGCUGACAAUCCGUUCUCUCGAUCCAUCCCCUCGAAGAGCAAUCCCUGUGCUGGAACUGAUGAGUGAUACCAGUGGCAUUGAGAUGUUGCACACCAUCUUUCAGGAGGAAAACUUCGAGAUGGUUGUGGAUAUCCUGGUGCCGUAUCUAAACAUCAAAGUGCAUUCAAUCUAUGUUGUUGUAUGUGCACAUCGCAUUCUCAUGAGAUGGUUCUCAAAAGUGCCCCGCAUAUAUCGAGCCGAUAUUUCCAGAUAUUACGAGGAAAAGGUGGAAGAAGCGCUGCCGAGACAUGCCAGUGAUAGUCAGAAAACGAGCGCUAAUGGAAUGGAGGACGAUGUAGAUGAAGAUUCGCCGAGCAAUUCUCUGCAGGGCAACACCCAACCGUCUGAAUAUUUUCAACGCGGAUCAAAGGGACGCCUCAGCCACGAACUACAGAAAAAGUUUAUGAAGAGCUGUCCAGAGUUUAUCGAUUACGGCAUUUACUUUUUUGGUUUUCAGUCGCGCUAU